AUGUCAACAUUCACGAAAGGCCUACGGCAACUACGAUGCCAGGGCCAGCUCCUGCGCGCACAAUGGCCCCGAGCCGCAUGGCAACCGCCCAGCUUCCAUCUCGGCCUACGAACUCUCAACACCGAAUCUACGGAUGCUCCCAAACAUGACCAGACCUCAUUGGCCGAGUCGAGGCUCCCGUUGCCCUUCCAGGGCGUCAGACAUGCACGAACGAUCCCGUCCACGGCCUCGUACUUCUCUCGUGAGCCCCAAUUCAACGAGAUGUACAUCCGAAUUGCUCGGCUCUUCACCAAAUAUCACCACCUUCCGACACUACCCUCGAGCGAGGCCCCCCUGACGGCCUGGGUCAAGCUACCGGAGAUGCGAUCGAAGCUCGGUGAACGAGUCAAGGCCUCCCACUACGCCAAGGUUAUUCGGGUUGCCAAGCGGCUCAACCUCAUUGAGCCCACGCUCCUCCCAGAGGAGGUCAAGGUUGCCUUGGAUGAUUUCAAGCGAGAUAUCAACCCAUUCUUGAACGUGCCGCACCCUGUAUCCGUCGACAAGUUCGGCCGUGCCGUCGGAGUCGGAAAGCGAAAGGAAUCUACUGCCCGCGCUUGGGUUGUUGAGGGCACGGGAGAGGUUCUGAUCAAUGGCAAGACGCUGAGCCAGGCCUUCGGCCGUGUCCACGACCGUGAGAGCGCCGUCUGGGCCUUGCAGGCAACUGAGCGGUUAGACAAGUACAACGUGUGGGCGCUGGUCGAAGGCGGCGGAACCACCGGGCAGGCCGAGGCUCUCACGCUGGCCGUCGCCAAAGCUUUGAUCGUGCAUGAGCCAGCGCUCAAGACGGCUCUUCGAAAGGCCGGUUGUAUCACGAGAGACCCGAGAACUGUGGAGAGGAAGAAGCACGGCCAUGUCAAGGCCCGCAAGAUGCCGGCCUGGGUCAAGCGAUAA